GGAAAAUAAGAGCGGGUUACAAAGCAGCGCACGGUACGGGACCCGGAAUCGGUUCCACCAUGAACGACGCGGAGUGCCUGUCCCACCUCUUGCAGGUGUGUGCUCGCAAGACGGAGGAGUUUGUUCGGACUCUUGACAGCAAGCACAUGGUUUGGCUUCUGGAGAUUGAAGAAGAGGCAAGAAAAAUGUUCAGCAGUGACUUUAAUGCUGAACCUGAGCUGAUGCCUAAGACUCCAUCUCAAAAGAGACGGAGGAAGAAAAGAACCUCAAUUGUACCAGAUGAGAAUCGUGAUCCCAGUGGGCGUAGGAUAUCCCGCCGACGAAGCAGUGCCAACUGGAGCAAUUCUGUACGCAGGCUUUCGAUUAGAAAUCAGAACAAAACAAAUGAGGAUUCUAUGCAGGAAGAACCAGCACAGCCAAAAAGGAUGACCCGGGCAAGGGCACAAGCCAGCAUAAUGUGUCCGUCUGUGGUAGAGAUGGCUUUGCCUGAGUCGCCAUCUCAGCUGUACCAAAAAAAUGUCCAGGUUACUAUCAGUGAGCAAGAUCGCAGAAGUGCAGAGCAGAAGCUUGUAGGGUCAGCCACUGAGGAGUCUGAGAUGAAGACUGAUGUACUACCUGUCCCCAAGAUUGCAAAGGACACUAUCUCAGAAAUAGUGAACACUGUAGUGCCACCACCAGUCCCUGAGACUCCAGCAGUCCCAGUUACGCCUGAAAACAAAAGCAGAGCUGCAGCCAAACUUAAGAUUGCCGGAAGCUCCACGCCAAUAGAGGCAGCUGAAAUGGUGGAUCUGACCUGUGAGUCCCCACGUCCUGCUAAUGAGCUGGCAAAUGAGCAACCACUCAAUCUCACAAAUCAAAGUGUAACACCUACAGGAUCAAAAUCCGACCGCCGAUCAGUGCGUCGUAGCCUGGUGGUCGUAAAACCCAGCAGCCGCCGUUCCUCGCUCGCUAGUCAGUUCUCUCUGGCCAGCAAGAGGGAAAGCAUGACUCGUGAAGCUGUGCGGAAGUCUAUUCGCCAGUCAAUUGCAAAGAAGAAAGCAGCGAUGGAGACCUCUUCUGCCUCAAGCCAGAGGAGCUGCCAGAGCUCUAUUGAAAUAAUCGAUGACGAGAUCACCAUCAAAAUCAGACCUGAAACUGCCCCAAGUGAGUCAGUAUCCGAAGAGGCUCAUACAAUAGAGAGCCCUAGGCGCUCCCUACGUUCACGUACCUUUAAAAAGAUUGCUAUAAGUAACCUGCCUGAUUCUGAAGAGCCUCAAAGAAGAGUGACAAGGCAAAUGGUGGCAAUGGAUGCAGAACCCACACCAGAGACCACCGAUGAUGCUCAGAAUAUCAGAAGAAAGAGUUACAAGCGAGCAGUGGAUGAACUGUCAGAUGACGAGAGGCCAUCUGAAGGAGAGCGUUCACCUCCUAGAAAGAAGACCCCGUCACCUCCAUGCCCUCCUAGCAAGAUUGUAAAGCCCCCUCCACACAUGAAAUCUUUUCUGCACACUGUACAAAAGAACCAGUUGCUCAUGAUGACACCAGGCUCUAUUGGAAAAAACAUAAUGAUGAAAUCCUUCAUCAAACGCAAUACACCCCUCAAAAUGGACCCCAAGGAGAAGGAGCGACAGCGCCUUGAUGCUUUGCGCAAAAAGGAAGAGGCGGAACUUCAGCGGAAGCAGAAAAUUGAGGAGGGCAAAAAACGCAAACAGGAGGAGUUGAAGCUGCGCCGGGAAGAGCGGUUACGUAAAGUUCUGCAAGCCCGAGAGAGAGUGGAGCAACUAGAGGAAGAAAAGAAAAAGAAAAUUGAGCAGAAGUUUGCACAGAUUGACGAGAAGAGUGAGAAGGUGCGAGAAGACCGAAUGGCAGAAGAGAAGGCAAAGAAAAAAAUCACAGCUAAAAAACAGGAGGAAGUUGAAUGCAGGAGGAGACAGGAGGAAGAGGCACGGAAACUAAAAGCCAAACAAAUGGAGGAAGAGGAGCGCAGACAUCAAGACCUUCUGCAAAAGAAGCGAGAAGAGGAAGAGCUGGAAAGGCAAAAGAAAAUUGCAGAGGCAAAGAGGUUAGCAGAGCAGAGGCAGGCAGAGCAAGAAAGAGAAAGGCAGAGAGAACAGCAGCUGUUAGCUGAGAAGGAGCGGCUCAGAGCAGAAAGAGAAAGGAUAGAAAGAGAAAAGGCCCUGCAACUACAGAGAGAGCUGGAACGAGCAGCACAGGAGAAAGAGCAGCAGCGGCGAGAGGCAGAAGAGCGCAAGAAGAGGGAGCAGCAGGAACGCCUAGAACAGGAAAGGUUGGAGAGGCUGCAUAAGGAGCAGGAAGCUAAGAGACUCCAGGAGGAGCAGCAGAGAAAAGCCAAGGAACAAGCGGCUGCAGCAAGUGCUCCAGUGAUGAAUGUUACUGUAGACAUGCAGAACUCACCUGCAUGUGAAUCUUAUGAGAUGACUCCUAAGAGCUACAAAGCUCCAUCAGUUAAAGUCAAUGAAGAAAACUAUGGAAUGGAUUUGAACAGUGACGACUCCACAGAUGACGAGAGUCAGCCAAGGAAACCCAUCCCAGCCUGGGCUUCUGGUAACUUACUCGCUCAGGCUAUUCGUCAGCAGUACUAUAAACCCAUGGAUGUGGACCGUAUGUAUGGCACCAUUGACAGCCCAAAAUUGGAGGAACUGUUUUAUAAGAGCAAACCUCGCUAUUAUAAGCGCACUAGCUCUGCUGUAUGGCACUCCCCUCCACUUAGCAGCAACAGACACCACCUUGCAGUGGGUUAUGGCCUCAAAUACUGAGGGGAAAAAAAAGCAGACUUUACUCAUACUAUUGGGACUACUGCAUGCUGCUUCCCUCCAACUGACUGUCUGUCCUGUGUACAUUUUUCUUUGUUGUUUUAACUGGCUAUCUUUAUUUGUAUUGUAGAGACUUGUCAUUUUAAAAAUAAAGGUUAUAUAAGGGA